AUGCUUCACUUCAAACUUAUACCCAUGAUUGGUGGUUCAACAAGUGACAAUUAAAUCUCAUUAUUAUCUGGAGAAAAGCCUUUGAUAGUAUAUGUAAAGAAAGGAGGAGAAUUUCAAUGGACAAUGAUUCUAAAUAUUUUAUCAUAUAUUUCAGUAUCAGCAAUAAGCUUCAAAGAUAUAUCUACAACCUAAAUAGCACUAUCUCUUCAAACUACUCCUUCCUCUACUGAUCCUUUUAAUAUUUUAAAAUUCAGCUCUGCUCUUGCAAAUAAGAAUACAGUUUUCUAUUUAAAAUGGCCUCAGAAUGGUACAUUGGCAAAUGCAAUUACUAUCUAUCAGAAACCUCUGGGAAAUGUAUUGCAGCUUGUGCAGAAGAUGGCGAAAAGAUAUUAAUUCUAUAACUAAAUGUAAAUGCCCUUCGUACUAUUGUUAGUGCUGGCUCAUCAACGUGGUUGGAUGGAUUUAUUAUAAGUUCUCUAUGUUGGAACAAUAUAAACAUUGACGAGUGAAGACCAAAAAACCACAACGUUUGUAAAAAAUAUAGGCUGGUUUAUGAACAUUGACCCAUCUUCAAGUGAAAUCAUAAUAACUAAUACAUUGACUAGUCCAGAAUCAAUCUCAAAUGAAACUUUGACCUAUUCCUAUUCAUCAUUAUCAAAUUAGUUUUCCUCAGCUAUAACUUAAAUUGUACCUCAAAUAAUUACUACUUCAAACAAAACAAUAUUAACAACUCCAGUAACUAAUAAAGUUUAUACGAUAGGAACCACAGCUAUGUAUUUUACAGUUCCAGCUUUUACUCUACAAUAGACUUGUUUAGAUGUAGUGUUCAAAUAUACUAGUGAUAUUAGCACUGUAUAAAAUUUUGUUACAUUUACCUCCGUUACAAGAAUGUACACUAUUUUUACAAACAAUUAAGCUUUCUCAGGAAUAUAUACAAUAAAAAUGAAGGGUAGAAUUAACAACGAGUAAAGUGCUGAAGUAGAAAUUUAACUAUUUUUAAUAGGAGCAUGUUUAUAUGCAUCAAUAGCUGGAACCUCUCAGCCUGAUAAAACAUUUACUUUGAAUGGAGGAAUACAAAACUUUACACUAAAUUCCUUUAGCACCAAUACAACAGGUUGCUCAAUUACAUAUACUUUAUCAGAUGCUUCACUUGAUUCUUUAAUAUAAACUUCUGGACCUGGUCUUUUUACCUUUAAUUAAACUUCAAUGGUUUUAAGCUGUAACCCAACUUUGAGCACAUAAAUUGGUACAUACAAUUUAAGUCUUGUAGGAAAUUUAUAUUUACCUUAAUAUAACGGAGAAAUCAAUCCAAAAAACCAAACAAUCUAUUUCAAGGUGAUAGUACAAGAUGAACCAUGCAAUACAGCAUAAGUACAAGUUGUAACUCCUUAGAUUUAUGACAUGACUUACAUAUAUGGAUACCCAGAAAAGCAGCAAUAGUAUAGCUUUACAGUGAUAGGUGGAAAAAAUUGUUUGAUUACCUAUAAACUAGUAGAUGAUUUAGGGAUUCAGAAUGCAUUCCCAAUAGUAUUUGAUAACACAAGCAUAAAAAUCUAAUCAAAUAAUGGAACAUAGGAUUUAGUAAAAAAAUAUAAAAUUAUUGCUAGUGUUAACGCUACCGCAUUGGCAUUUGAAACUAAUGUAUUUAACAUAAGCUAAAUUUCAUUAUAAACUGCCUGCCUCACAGUUCCUAUUUCUUAACAGUCCCUAAUGAAUAAUUUUACUUACUCUUUGAACUAAGGGAAAUCUAAUUUGACGAAUAUAACUUAUUAUUAAGGCGAUGGCUAGAAUUACAGCUUCAAUGCAUUUGCUAAUAAUUAAACUUUUAACUUAAGCAUAGCUAACGGUGGAAGUCCUGUUACUUUUGAAAUUCAAAUAAGGAUUAAAUAAGGAUCUUCUUAAAAAAACUGUACUCCUGUAUUCAGUGUAACUAUUGAUGACAUUUUCUGCUUGAAUGCUGAUUUAACAUCAAAUACAUUCAAUGAACUAGUUAGCCAAUACAAAAUAGGAGAUUCAGCAAUAAUUUUGACUUUUAAUAAAUGGAAUGAUGAAUUUUUCAAAUGCGGAGAAUAUGAAUAUAGUAUAAGCUUCAAUAAUACCUUCAUUUCGGGCAAUUUUGUUACAGCUAAUCUCACAGAGAGAUCAGUUAGAAUUUAUGGAAUAAAUCUUAGCAUCCUUACCUAAGUAUUCACAAUAACUCUAAAGGGAAGCAUUUACAAUGGCAGAUACCUUUAAGUUGAUAAAACAAUAAAGAUAAUAAAUCCAUGUCAAGAUUUGAAGUUGAGUUUAAUCUCAAACAGUGAGACUACAUAUUAUUUAAAUGAUAGCAUCAAAGAAUUUUAACUUCAAUAAUCUACUUUAAACUAGUUACCUGAUCUGAUUUGCCCGUAAAAUAUAGAGCACUCAGUUAGAAGUCUCAGCUAUCCUUCCUAACCGACUUUCAUUAAGUUGAUUCAGAAUAUAGAUUAUACCUUAAAAAUCUAAGUUUAAUCAAAUAUUACUAGCUCUAUUGGAUCAUAUGAUUUUAACUACACUGCAAUGUACAUGAAUCAAACUGUUUCAUAUAUAUUCACUCUUUAAAUCAAAGAAAAAAUAACUUGUACUGGUAUAUAAGCACCUUAAAUUGAAGAUUAUUCUUACAAAAUAGGUAGCGGAUUAAAAAUAUUUUCGCACAAAGCAUUUUACACUAUACCAUUACCUAAUUUUUGCAGUGAGCUAACAGUAAAAGCUUUUGUAGAGGAAAGCCAAACAUUUCCAUAAUUUAUUCAAUAUAAUCGAAAAUUCCAACAAAUUUCUAUUAAUUCCUAAGAUAUCAAAGAUGAGGGGGAAUAUUUGAUUACUAUUGGAGGAUACACAUAAGCUUACAAUUCAAACGCUUCUUUUAUUCUGAUAAUGCUCAAUCCCUGUAAGAAUGCUUAAAUCAAACCUUCCUCAAUAAAAGAUGUGCUAUAUAUAAUUGGGUCAGGAGAGAUGCUAGUAAAAUUUGUCUCUUGGAAAUCUACAAUAAGUGAAUGCAAUGAUUUUACCUAUGAAGCUCUUAAUGAGGAAUAAUCUUUGCCUAUAGCAGAUGUAGUCGAUUUUGAUUCAAAUAGUAAAACAUUCAAAAUUAAAGUUGACAAUAGUAAAUUAGAUGGAAAAAAUUACGUGAUAAAAGUAAUUGGAAGGUCUUUCUAUGGAUUUUAAAAAGCAGAAUUUAUUUUAUUACUCAGUUCUAAUCUAGUAUAUUAGACAAGCUAAGUUGAUAUUUAUGGUGGAAAGAUGAUAAACCUCUCUAAACUUAAAUAGGAUUUGAAGGCUUCUAUUAAAUAAAUUUCAAUUGAUGGGCAAGUUCAAGUAACUGCAAUAAAAGCGUUAGCUGCAAUGGCUGAUGUAGCUAGUUCAUCAAUUACAGGAUCCACUACAAUUAACUUGAUUCUAUCCAUAGUGCUAGGAGUUAGUAUGAAAAACCUAUGGAUGCUUCUAAACACAUUAUAGAUAUUGGUUAUGAUUCCCUUGCUAUGGCUUUCACUUCCUGCUAAUAUAACAAUAAUGUGCAAAGCCCUAAUAGAUAUUGCUAAUCUUAAUUUUAUUCCAAAGGACACAAUUAAUGAGUACGUUCGAAAAUUUUUAUUUGAGACUUAAGGAACUACUAAUUAUGAUGAUGUUUUAAAUACCAUAGUUGCUGCUACAAUUUUUCUUAGUUUGCUAUUGAUUCCUUUCAUUAUUUUAAACUUCUUAAGAAAACAUCUUUGUAAUUAUAAAACUGAAUUUAUUCAAAUAUUAGAUGAGUUACCGAGAUAAGAAUUUAAGGACAAUUUGGUUCUUUUAAUUUUCCAAUAUUGCUACUUUCCAUUUGACACGAAAAAUCAAUAAUUUUUUGAGAUUUAUAACGAAACUACUAUACUUUUAGUAUCAUAUUGCCUAUUACCUUACUCUCAAGAUUAUUUUACUGAAAAUACACUGAAUUAACAUUUUUUUAAACCAACUAAAUCUGGCUGUAUCAGUUUGUCUAGCCAUCUACCUUUUGAUUAAAAGGAUGCUUCACAAGAGAAAGCUAAAAAAGCUUAAUGA